GAGUGCGGAACUGAAGCAAAUGGUGAUGAGCCUGCGGGUGUCAGAGCUGCAGGUGCUUCUGGGCUACGCUGGGCGCAACAAGCACGGACGCAAGCAUGAGCUGCUGACCAAGGCGUUGCAUCUUCUGAAGGCCGGCUGCAGCCCCGCCGUGCACAUGAAGAUCAAAGAGCUCUACCGACGACGCUUCCCUGCCAAAAUGGUAUCCCACUCAGAGCUGGCCAUGCCUGGGCCACACCACCCAGCCUCAGCUGGAGUGGUCGGAGGAGGGGGCGCCGCGCUGCCCGCUGGCCUGACACAGCUGGCGUAUGAGGGUCACGCCGGUCACGGUGGAGCCCCAUCGCCUGCUGCCUUACUGCCCCUCUCACUGCUCGGCCCUGGGAAGCAUGAGUUAACCGGGCUGACGCACCACCUGUCCAGCUCGACCACACUCCACCCGGUCCACCCAGAUGUCAAGCUCCAGAGGCUGCCCUUCUACGACAUGCUGGACGAGCUCAUCAAGCCAACGAGUCUAGCAUCAGACAACAGCCAGAGAUUUCAGGAGACGUGUUUCGCCUUUGCAUUAACGCCACAGCAAGUCCAGCAGAUCAGCAGCUCGAUGGACAUCUCGGGGACCAAAUGUGAUUUCUCAGUUCAAGUUCAGUUGCGGUUUUGCCUGUCGGAGACGAGCUGUCCUCAGGAAGACCAUUUUCCACCCAAUCUGUGUGUGAAAGUCAACGGGAAGCCAUGUAACCUGCCGGGUUAUCUUCCACCUACCAAAAACGGCGUAGAGCCCAAGCGGCCCAGCCGGCCCAUCAACAUUACCUCACUGGUCAGAUUGUCCACCACAGUCCCCAAUACCAUUGUGGUGUCGUGGACCGCUGAGAUUGGAAGGAGUUACUCCAUGGCAGUGUACUUGGUGAAGCAGCAGUCGUCCACAGUGUUGUUACAGAGACUACGGGCAAAAGGCAUCAGAAACCCGGACCACUCCAGAGCACUCAUCAAAGAGAAGCUAACAGCAGACCCAGACAGUGAAAUCGCCACAACCAGCCUUCGAGUGUCGCUGCUCUGCCCGCUGGGGAAGAUGCGGCUGAUGAUCCCAUGCCGGGCACUGACAUGCUCCCACCUGCAGUGCUUUGACGCCACACUGUACAUCCAGAUGAACGAGAAGAAGCCCACCUGGGUGUGUCCUGUCUGUGACAAGAAGGCCCCCUAUGAACACCUCAUCAUUGACGGGCUUUUCGUGGAGAUCCUCAACAGCUGCAUGGACUGUGAUGAGAUCCAGUUCAAGGAGGAUGGCAGCUGGGCCCCCAUGAGGUCUAAGAAGGAAGUGCAGGAGGUCUCGUCUGCUUCCUACAACAACGGGCUGGAUGGUUCAUGUCGGACGUCCGCGGGCUCGGACCAGCGGAGCUCCUCCUCAUCCAGCCACGGUGGCAGCGACAGCACCAACAGCAAGAAAGUGGAGGUAAUUGACUUGACACUGGACAGCUCCUCAGAAGACGAGGGACAGGAUUCGCCGCCUCCGCCGCCGCCACCACUGCCUCCUCCACCCAAAAGAGCGUGUCCCUCUAUGUCCCCGACCUCGCCGCCCAUCAUCAACAAAGGAGUUUUGAACCUGCACCACCAGGCCUCUCCUGUGAGCCGCACUCCCAGCAUGCCAGCUGUAGACACCAGCUACAUCCCUCCUGUCCCCCCACUCAUCCAGGACUUCAGACCCUACUACCCCACCCCCAACGACCUGUCAGAGCUGAACUUCUUCUCUUUCCUUCAAGGCGACAAUCAUCAGCAUUACAACACCAUGGUGAUGGCAGCAGCAGCCGCCGCUUCAGCCUCAGACGACCACGAGCUGCUUCUCAACCGCUUCCUGCCCUACAGCACCUCCUCCUCCUCUUCCUCCUCCCAGCUGUUCCUCGACCAAUCGGGAGCCUCCUCGGCCACUUCGCUGACCGCGCCGACCAACGGCGCGAGCAACUCGGGAAGCAGCAGCAGCCUGGUGUCGUCCAGCAGCCUCCGCGACACUCACUCCACACACUCGGGCUCACACUCCUCACACACACACCCCGGGGUGGUUGCAAGCCGGAGCAGCGCCGAAGCAGCAGUGGCAGCUAUUUAUGGCGGGAUACCUGACGUUAUAUCGUUGGACUGACUCGGGGAGAGUCGAGACUACACUUUGGGUCCAACUACGAUCCGGUAACAAACUUUUUUGACUGCAGGGUAAAGUUUUGAUGCAGAAACUAGACUGGCCACGAGUCAUGAGAACGUUUAUGGAGCCGCAAUGACGAGACUGCCUCAUGAAGAGCACUAAUAUUAUGAGUGGGUAACAGGCCUGAGGGUUCGCUUCACGAGACUGACCCGAGAACAGUACUGAGUCAUCACUUGGAGGGGUCAGCUGUGGACAUCGUGUUUGUGUCCUGAAUUCAGAUCAGAAACCUGUCCAGCAUGUGAAUCCGCGAAACUGCGAUACUGGUACCAACCCGGCACAAAGAAGCAGAGACGCUACCUGAGCAAAAACACAAAGGAGGACGGCUCUUUUUUACAAAAAUGAGGAGUGGCACCGUGUACAGAGAACAAAAUAUAUUUUCCUCUUUUACUUUUGUAUGUUAAAUCGGAACAUUUUCAGUCUAGUGAGCUGCUUCAAUCGCUGUUUUUAAGUGGAGGACUGAGGUGUUCUGUUUUGUUUUUCUCACAAAAGCUUAUACAUAUGCUUGUUGCCAUGUGGUUAUCUUUUCUCCCCUUUUAUCCUGCUUUUUUUUUCAUUUGCAUUUCUCCAGUAUAUUCCCUUUCUCUGUUUUCUCUCUUGCUCGAGCUCAUUUUUAAACUCAUGGUGUAUUAUUUCUCUGUCCAAUGACAAGAACACUGAAUAUACAGUUUAUUCAUGUACUAAUAA